AUGUUGGCUGUUGCUGAGGAGGAAUGUCUCAGGGCCGUGCAGGAGCAGAAUCACUUGCGAGCUCUCCGGCAUCUUGUUACCCCACUGGCGGCGACUGCAGACGGUCGGCACCCCCAGCACGAGACCCCUCCCCCGGCCGUGUGCGGGGCUGGCUGGAUUGCUUGGAGGUGGCUGGACUGCUCCAGGAAACCAUCUGGAUGUUUUAUGAGUGAGAAGCUGAGGGGUCGGGCAAAGGGCCCCCGGGGGGGACAGGAAGAGGGGGCCACUGCCCCUGGCCCGCAGCUCGGUCUAGAGGAGGGGAGCAAGAUGCAGUGGGAGCUCAGUGAGCUCACCCGGACCCGGUCCCCGGCCCUGGACCCCGACCCCAGCCCCCAGCCCCGGCCCUGGACCCCAACCCCGGACCCCAACCCCAGCCCCCAGCCCCGGCCCUGGACCCCAACCCCGGACCCCAACCCCAGCCCCCAGCCCCGGCCCUGGACCCCAACCCCGGACCCCAACCCCAGCCCCCAGCCCCGGCCCUGGACCCCAGCCCUGGACCCCGACCCCGGCCCCCAGCCCCGGCCCUGGACCCCAACCCCGGCCCCCAGCCCCGGCCCUGGACCCCAACCCCGGCCCCCAGCCCCGGCCCUGGACCCCGGCCCUGAACCCCAACCCCGGCCCCCAGCCCCGGCCCUGGACCCCAGCCCUGAACCCCAACCCCGGACCCCAGCCCCGGCCCUGGACCCCAGCCCUGAACCCCAACCCCGGACCCCAACCCCAGCCCCCAGCCCCGGCCCUGGACCCCAGCCCUAG